UCAUUUUUUUUAUAUGCAAAGCUGAAAGACGACAUUAAGAUUUACUGAACAAGACGAGAGUAAUAACUAGCAGCCCGAGAAUGUCAUUUUGGAGAAGCCACGCAGAGAAAGAGAAGAAAAUGGUGUUUUCGCCUGAAAGAGUGGACGAACGAGUUUUUACCCAGAAGAAGCAGCUUGUUGAUCUUGUGUUCGACGUAACAUUGAACAGGAACAAGGCAUCAAAUCUACGCUUGAACCACAUUCAAACCAGCUAACCAAUAAAUGAUCUAGCUGGAGACCAUGACUCCAUACACCACUCUUUGGCACUGUCCGGGUUCACAUCUCUGCCCACUGAAAUUGCUAAUGCCAGGCAGGAAUCUGAUUGAGAGUGAGGGAGAUAGCUCCCUUUCCCCAGUAGAAAUGAAUGAUGCCCUCCUUUCUGGAAACAAGUCUGGAGGAAAAUUCCAGAGUACACUGGUGUUCCGACCUUUCCAGCUAGCGAUGUCCCUCUUUAGAGGAGCAUUUUCUCCCAUUGCAAGCCACUGGACGACUGCCAUGGAGUUCAUAUCAGGAAGAAAACUCUUCCCAUCAGGGAAGGCUGCCCACCACAUUCCAGAAUACCUUUUCCCCCAAUAUCGUAGUUAUGCUUUUUGUGGAAAUCCCCUUGGAGAGUCCAUGAAUUGCAAAGAUAAAUUCAGCCUACAAGAUGUAAGGUGGGAUUUUCGCAGCGAGGAGGAGGAGGAGGAGGGAGAGAAGCAGUGGGAAUCUGGGCUAGAGGAUACAGAUUCUGAACUUGAAGAGACUUGUGAUUGGCUGGAAGUAGACUCGGAAGAUGACUGUUACAGCUCUGAUUCUGAAGAUGAACUGGACUUGGAUUCUGACUGGGAAAUUCAGCCAGUUGUGUUUAAAGUCUGUGCCUCACCAGUGGAAAAAGAUUCAUUUCACAGGGUUCAGAACAGCCAGUCUGCUCUUUCAACUGAGCAGGAGGAUAAGGUGGAGGAAGAUGAUGAUUCUGAUUGGUCAGACAAUUCUGAGGAGUCAGAUUGGGAUGAUGACUCCAUAACAAAUGGUGAUUCAAAAAGGAAUUCAGAGCUUUGGGAAUCUUUCUUCCACAACGAUGACCCUUAUAACCCCAUGGGAUUCUCAGCACCCUGUAGAAUGGGGCAAGACUCCAGGGAAGAAAAGAGGGGAAUGGGGAGAGAGACACCAGAGUUGAGACUGGAGACCGAUGGAGCAAAGGUUGAAGAUGACAAAGAGGAGCCUAGAGAGUGCAAACACAAAAAGGUGAGAUUCAGUCUGGCGGUUCAGGUGCACCAUUUGCCAGAGUGUGCAUUUGAUCACGCUGCUCGGAGUGGAGCAUGCUGGGAAGAGAUGGCAAGAGACCGCCUGCGCUUUCAGAGAAGAGUCCAACAAAUUAGCGAGCAGAUUGACUGCUGCCUGCAGUCAGAGCACAGAGAGAGAGUCUGGAAGAGGCUGCAGUCAAACCCUGUGUGAAAAUUCUGAUUUGCGAUGGGUCAAAAUUGCUUCAGUUUAGAAUGCUUUAAUUUAAUGUUUAAACAAACACUAAAGUUAGUUUUAUAACUGUUUAAAAGCACUGCUAUAAAUUAAACAUUUUGCAUCU